UCAGCCAAGUAAUGAUAAACAUUAAACAAUAAACCGUGUUUUAAGAUUUUAUGCAAUAAUUACUAUAUUUUUAAUAUAAAGUUUAUGUACUAAAAUGAAUAUAAAUAAUAAAAAAAAUUCACAGAAGGAGUUUAUUAAGGAAUAUGAAGCUUCAUUAAUUACGCAAAUAGCGCAAAGGCAGUUUUUGUACGAUAAAACUCAUGAAUAUUAUUCCAAAUUUCAGCUUCGUAUUGAUGCUUGGCAAGAAAUUUCAGAAUCAUUAAACCGACCGGUAAAAGAAUUAAAGAAAAAGUGGGAAGCGCUAAGAGAUACUUAUAGAAAAUUUUAUAGAAAAAUGAACAACCGCUUAAAUGAAGGAAAAGGUGUAGUGAAAUGGGUUCAUUAUGAGCAUAUGAAAUUUCUCAACGGGCACAUAAAAUUAGAUGAGAUUUUACCAUCUGAACAAGCAGAAACGCAAAAGGAAUUUGAUUCUAAACUAAUUAAUCAGAUAGAGACUAAGAAAAAUUUAUACGAUCCCAUGAGUGAGUCUUUUGCAAACAUGAAGGUGAGAGCGGAAACUUGGGAGCAAAUAUGCAACGUUAUGAAUGCUUCUGCCGAAGUUUGUAAAAAAAGGUGGACUUAUCUGCGAGAAACUUUCCGAAAUCUUCAUAAAAAAGAAACAGAAGAUAAAAAGGAGGUUGACUGGAUUCACUAUAAAAAUCUUAAAUUUUUACUGAGCGCUAUUAAUUGCAAUGCACCAGAUGAAAAAGCAGUAUGCAACAGUUCGUCAAAAUCGAUUAACGCUUUAGAAAAUUCGACACCAACACAUGCUGAUUUACUUAAAUCAGGAAACAUAAAUUCUUCAGGUUAUUAUGAGUUUCCGGAAGACGAGUCGAAAUUUCCAUCAGAAUUUGAAGUUGUAUCUCAAAAAUGUGGUGAAAUUUUGAUAACGCAAACUGAAAAAUUUUCUUAUAAAUGUUGUAUUUGCAAUGAUGUUUCGAUAAUAAUCGAAAAUUUUAUUGAACACAUUUUGGAUAAACACAUGGGUCGAAAUGAAACUGUUUCCAUUUUUGAAAAUAUUUCGAAAGAUCAAAUCACGAAGGAUGAGCUCGAUAAGCACUAUACUAAUGAUUUCAUUAACGAUAAUGAUACAAAUGAUGAUAUCGCAGGUAAUAAUGUAUCAAGACCAGAAAAAGAGAAGAUUUUAAAACCUUCUUUAAAGUAUGUAAAAAAACGUACGCAUAAAGAUUCUUUAAUUGAUGAAAGUUUAAGAGAAAAUCCGGAUGAUGACCCUGAAACUGCAGCUUUAAAACGUAUCAAAAGACGCAAUAAAUUAGUAAAAAUUGGAAAAGUAGGGAAAUAUCCUUGCAAUGCUUGCUGUUUUUCAUUUGAUAAAGAAGAAAAUUUAAGGAAGCAUGAGGAAACCCAUCGAAAUUUUGUAUUUGAAAAGAAAAAGGGAGGAGAAUUUGCAUGCGAUCAAUGUGAUAGACGAUAUACUUUCAAUUAUCAAUUGCAAAGACAUAAGCGACUGCAUACCGGAGAGCGACCAUACGAAUGCACAAUUUGUGAGGAAAAAUUUAGGCAUUAUGACACUUUAAAGGAACAUUACGUAUUUCGACAUUCAGAAGAUAGACCUUAUGCUUGCAGACAUGAAGGUUGCGAUAAAAAAUUUAAAACGAGGAAGACAAGAUCGUUUCACGAGGUUGUUCAUAGCAAUGACUUACCGUUUCAAUGCGACGAAUGCGGUAAAUGUUUCCCUAAAAACAGUUAUUUGAAAAGGCACCGAAAUACAUGGCAUAUGGAUAAAACUGAUAGACCUUACAAAUGUCCUCAUUGUACAAAAUCUUUCUGUACACAACAUAAUUUGAAAUAUCAUAUCUAUACUCAUACUGGUGAACGACCGUUCAGUUGUACAGUUUGUCCAGCAAAAUUUACUAAAGCAUGGAGUGUGAAAGAGCAUAUGAAGGUUCAUUCAGGUGAAAAAAAUUAUGCAUGUGAAAUUUGUGGGAAGAAUUUUGCACGAAGGGCUGGUCUAAUAAGACAUAAAAGAACGCAUGGUGAUAUUGUAAUGAACAGUUUAGAACUAAACUAUAAAAUUUGGUAUGUGAAAAUGAGUACCAUUAAAAAAAAAAGAGCUCCGAAAAAAAACACAGAUCAAGAGGAAAAAAUUAAAAAAAAAACAAAUCCAAAAAAAUAUUCCGGGCGCGAUUUUGAGGCAAAAUUGGUUGCUGAAAUUGCAAGGAGACCUUUUCUGUAUGAUAAAACUCAUGAAUAUUUUUUCGAGUUCCAACUCCGCAUAGAUGCUUGGGAAGAAAUUUCAAAACAUAUGAAUAAAACUGUUGAUGAACUUAAAAGAAAAUGGGAAAGACUAAGAAAUACUUAUAGAAAAUGCUAUAAAAGAGAAAACAGAAAUGCAGAAGGGGAAAAGAUCCAAAUAAAGUGGCCACAUUAUCAAAAUUUAAAGUUUCUCGAUGGGCAUGUUAAAGUCGAUGACACUCUUCCUUCUGAAAUGAAUGAGUUACAAAAGGAAUUUGAUGCUAAACUUAUUGUGGAAAUUGUUAAACGAAAGAAUUUAUACGAUCCUAUGAAUGAGUCUUUUAGAAACAAAAGAGAAAGAGCAGAAACUUGGGAGGAAAUUUCCAAAAUCAUGAAUUCUUCUGUCGAAAUGUGUAAAAAAAGAUUAAAUUAUUUGCGUAAUACAUUUCGAAAAUUUCAUAAAAAAGAGACAAACGAUAAUAAAAAAAUAAAUUGGGUCCACUAUAAUAAUUUGAAAUUUUUGUUGGAAUAUGAUGCAGCCUGUUUAAAUGAGAUAAGACCUCCUCAUACAUAUAAUCCUUCAAAACCGGAAAUUCCCAUGGAACUUAGAAAUCUGCCUCCUCUUGGAGAUAUUUCAUUAAAAUCGGAAAAUGUGGAUUGUACGGAAUUUAGUGAUAUUUUGGAAAGCUUUUGUGAUGAGGAUGAAGAAAAACCAGAAUUUUCUGGCGAUGUUCCACAAAAAUGUGGGGAAAUUUUAAUCACAAGAAACGAAAAAUUUUCGUAUAAAUGCAGUAUUUGUAAUGAUAGUAUGGCAGCUGUUGAUAGCUUUACAAACCAUAUUUUAGAUAAGCACAUGGGAAAGAAUGGAAGUUCCUCUUUAUUUGACAACGAUCCUAUAGAAAAACUUGAAGUCCCAAGCGAAAAUGACUUUUUUAAUGAGAUAGAUGAUGUCGAUUCCAAUGAAGAAAAUGAAAAAUUUGACGAAAGCGACUCAAUUCCUUUGAAACGUAUUAAAAAUGAAAUAAAAGAUAAUUCGCUUGCUGAAGAAGGUGAUGAAAAUAACACUACGACUAAUUCUGACCUAAAACGAAUUCAAGAACAAAACAAAUCAGUAAAAAUUGAAAAAAUUGGGAAAUAUCCUUGUAAAAGUUGUUCAUUUUCUUUUGAUAAAGAAGAAAACUUGAAGAAACAUGAAGAAACACACCGUAAAAAUUUAAUAAGUGCAGCAGACCAGAAAAAAGAGCCUGGCGUACAUACAUGCGAUGAAUGUGGCAGAAGAUUUCAAUACAAACAUGAUUUACGUAAACACAAACGAAUUCAUACAGGAGAACGUCCAUAUCAAUGUACCAUAUGCGAGAAAAAAUUUAGGCAAUAUGAUAAUUUAAAAGAACACUACAUAUUUAGACACACAAAAGACAAGCCAUUUCAAUGCAGGCAUGAAGGUUGUGAGAAAAGGUUUAAAACAAAAAGGACAAGAACCUCACACGAAGUUAUUCAUAGUGGUGAUUUACCUUUCCAAUGCGAAGAAUGCGGUAGACGUUUUCCUAGGAGUUAUGAUUUGAGAAUGCAUCGUAGUAUAUGGCAUAUGGAUAAAAAUGAUCGGCCAUUCAAAUGUCCUCAUUGUACAAAAUCAUUUUGUACUCAACAAAAUCUUAAAUAUCAUGUUUAUACACAUACAGGAGAGCGACCUUAUGGUUGUACAGUUUGUACAUCUAAAUUCACCAAACCUUGGAGUGUUAAAGAACAUAUGAAAAUACAUUAUGGUGAGCGAAAUUACGUUUGUCAAGUUUGCGGAGCAGCUUUCAACCAAGUAGCUGGAUUAGUGAGACAUAAAAAAAGACUACAUGAAGGCAUAACAAAAGUGACUGAAUAGUAAAUAUGUAAAGUAAAAGCUCUUUCACGAGUUUAAAUAAAAUUAAUUUAAGUGGAAAGUCUUAAAUAUUAAAAGACGUUUUUUUAUGUUUAUAAUUAGUAAUUAUAUAAUCAUUUAUGCCUAUUUCAAACAUAUGUUUAAGCAAAUUUUAGUUAAAUUCUA